CCCAGAGUACAAGCUCUUUGAGCAGAGGAGUGACAGGAGGUGGAAACGGGACACACCGGCAGGCAGGAAGGCACUUGGGAGUUCACAGAAGUUCUCUUCCAGUUUGUAAAUGUCUUCUUGGUGAAACAUAAAGUAAACUGUCUGCUGCGGGCGAGGCUGAGGUGCAGGUGGCUGGAGCUGGGGGGCGUGAGACAAGUAUCAGGAAGGAGACAGUCACCUGCACGGCGGGGCCAGACUCCGAGCUUGGCCCUCAAGGCCCUGCCUGGGCUGCCCAUCCCCCUGAACAGCCUCUCCACUGCACUGGCCACCUUCCAGGGUUCAGACGACCUCAAGUGCACUUCCAUGUUCUCCCUCUGCCAGGAGCACCGUCCCUGUGCAGAGAAGCCUGGGAAACACCUGAGUGGGCAGGAGCUGAGAGGCAGGCAGCUAGGAGUGGGGUGGAGGUGGAGAGGAGACCUUGGGGUGGAGGAACAGCUCAGAGUCAUUGGCACGUUCCCUCACGGAGCAAAGUCCCUGCUGUCACCAAGCCUACAGUUGAGUGAGGGGCUCUGCAGCACAUGAAGAAGGCAACAUGUGUCUGAUGGAGAACAAUAAAGCAAGUGAGGUGGCCAAGGAGGGAGAGGUCAAAGGAGGCCUCGCUGAGGUGACAUUUGUGCAAGACACUGAAGCCAGCCAUGCUCCUGUAGGAAGCCCGGUGCAGGCGGAGCGAGUGGUGGACAUCAGCCCUGGGGCAGGAUCCCGGGCGCCGGCAGGACGGGCAGUUGCGCCAGAUCUGCCGAUGCCAGGGCACAACCCUGUGUUUGACAUGCAGUACGUUGUGGGUGCAUCCCCCGUGUUGGUGCGGAGAGGCCUCCUUGGAAGUGACCUGUCGGUGACCAGGACUCUCUGCAGCCCAGGCUCCAGCCAGCCAAGAGAGAAGGGACCCCAGGAGGUGGCCCUGGGGCUGUACCACCGCCUCAUAGCCCUGGGACAGGCCCUGGGGCGUGGCAUUCGGCAGCAGGCAUCCUCCACAGCCAAGACAUGGUGGGACAGAUAUGAGGAGUUUGUUGGACUCAGUGAGGUUCGAGAGGCCCAGGGAAAAGUGACCGAGGCAGAGAGAGCAUUCAUGGUGGCUCGAGGGCUUGUCCGAGAGGCGCGAGAGACGUGGGAGGGUCAGCAGGACAAGCUGAAGGAGGUGAGGGACCGCUUGGACCGCAUCUCCAGGGAGGACAGCCAGUACCUGGAACUGGCUACACGGGAGCACAGGCUGCUACAGGAGGACAAGAGGCUGCGCGUGGCCCACCUGCAUGCCGAGGACUCUGAGCGGGAGAGCUUCUCCCUGCUCUCGGCAGCCGUGCGGGAGAGCCACGAGAAGGAGCGUGCUCGGGCCGAGAGGACCAAGAACUGGUCGCUUGUGGGCUCUGUCCUGGGGGCACUGAUUGGGGUGGCUGGCUCCACCUACGUGAACCGCAUGCGGCUGCAGGAGCUGAAGGCCGUGCUCCUAGAGGCACAGAAGGGGCCUGCAAGCCUCCAGCAGGCCCUCCGAGACCAGGCCUCCAGCUACUCCCUCCAGCAGAAGGGCCUCCACGACCUCAUGGUGGACCUGAGGGGCCUGGUGCAAGCCGGGUCUGAGCAGAACUCUGGGACCCGGGCAGGUACUCCUGCCACCCGAGACCAAGACGUCCUUUCAGCCGCCUUGAAAGAGCAGCUCAGCCAUUCCAGGCAGGUCCAUUCUUCUCUAGAGGGUUUGCGAGAGCAGCUUCAUGGCCUGGAGAAGACUUUCAGCCAGACGGCCAGGGCGAUUCAGCUGGCAGAGGCCUCAGCCCGCCCAGGCCUGGGGCAGCUGGCAGACGGCACGCUGCCUGGCCCCUUGCUGGAGCCGGGGAACUUGACCUUGGCGCUGUCAGACAUGGAGCGGAGGCUAGAAGCCCAGGUCCACAGGAGCGCCCUCUGCAGCACGCUGGUCACUGGUGUGGCAUUCGUGGCCACACUGCCCGUGCUCUACCUGCUGUUCAGGACCAGCUAGCCCCUGGGCCCUCCCCGCGAGGUGCCGAGAGGGUCGGCGUGGAUGUGGGUGUAGUUAGAGAACCGCACAAGGAGCGAGCCUUUGAGGGUGAACACAGCCUCGGCCCAAGUCUGAGCACCGCCUGGCUCCCCAGUCAACCUGCUUUGCUUUUAGUAAUGCUGGUUUACAUUUUCAAAGCUGUGCAAAUGUCCAAUUAAAAUGCCUUUGAGUCUGUA